AUGACUGACAAUUGUCAAUUGCAAUCAACAUCUGAACUGGAGUUUAGACUAGAUGGUCUUGAAAAACAUGCAUUGUUGAUCGAGUCUCUUCUUGAGGCAUCCAAUCUAACUUCUGCAUCAACACAGCCAGUGCAUGCACAAACUUCUAGAUUACCGGAUAAUAAAACUGAUGCAUUGGUCUCAUCCCUUCAAAUUGAAAAGAUCUUGUUGAGAACCAUCGAGGAAAAGGAGAAGAGGAUUGCCGAGUUGAGCAGUAAAUAA